UCCAAGGCCUCCUCUCUCCCUCUCUCUCUCUCGUGAUUCCUUCCUUUUCAACUUUUUCAGUUACUUUACUCUCUUUUUUUUCCCUCUCCUUUCCUUUCUUUGAUUCUCUCAUCAUACACACAGAUUCAAAGACGUGUGUGUAUAUAUAUAUAUAUAUAGGGUCGUGUGGAGAUUCAUGCAUUAUACCCACAGAGAUUGAGUAAUCAGAAUCAGGGUCGGAGGGGUCGGUUCUUGUUGUCUGAUUUGAUCAAAGACAAUCAUCUCUGUCUGUUUGGUUGCCGAGAAAAUCUGGGUUUGUUUUUUUUCUGGGUGGUAUGGCGAUUCAAGCGCAGUUGAAUUACGAUUCUCGGACUGCCAACAAUAUCGGGUUUCCGUUGAUCGGAGGCGGGUCGGAGUUUACGCCGAUGAAUAAUGCCGGAUUCGGACAAUCGUUCGUCAAUCUCCAGUCUCUCAAAAGCAUGAAUCAGCAAGCUCUGUAUCAUCAACAGUGCCAAUCCCAGAGCUUUUUCGCUGCCCACAUGGAGAAACAGAGGCAGGACAUCGAUCAUUUCAUCAGAUCGCAGAACGAGAGGUUGAGGUUCGUGUUGCAGGAUCAGAGGAAGCAGCAGACGGAGAUGAUCCUGAGAAAGAUGGAAGCGAAAGCUUCGUUUCUGAUCACGCAGAAGGACGAAGAGAUCGCGAGAGCUUCGAACAAGAAGAUGGAGCUCGAGGCUCUGUUGAGGAAGAUGGAGAUGGAGAAUCUGACGUGGCAGAGAAUGGCGCGAGAGAACGAAGCCAUGGUUGAGACGCUCAACAACACGCUCGAGAAGAUCAGGGAGAGAGCCUGUUAUCCCGCCGCGGCGGAGGCGGCGGAGGAUGAAGGGUCGUGCUGCGGCGGAGGAGAGAGUUUCCCGGCGGUGGACUGUUUGGACGGCGAGAAAAUGAUGAGCUGCAGGAAUUGUGGGAGUAGUAAUGGGGAAACGUGCGUUCUGAUUCUGCCAUGUAGGCAUCUCUGUUGCUGCACGAAAUGCGAAGCGAGUCUCGAUCUUUGUCCAGUUUGUAAAACCCCCAAGAAAGCCACCAUUGAGGCCUUGAUUUUCUAGGAAAAGCUUCUAAAAUCGUAUAAUUUUCCCGAGAAAAUUUUCUA